GUCUCGUCCCGUAGACCUGAACCCAGUUGUUUACGAAGACGUUCCUCGUUGCUGGGUAGUGCGUGCCUAGGCGAGCAAGCAAACAAAAUCCGUGAAUUCGUGGUGAUAACCGUAAUUGGUGAUAAUCGUGAUUCGUGGUAAGCCACGUAUAAGCAUAAGUCAACAUCGUACAAAGCAAACGAUGGCAACUGCAGGUGACGGCAAUUCACCUAUGGAUUCUAACAACACCCCGAAAGCCAUCGCGAUGCCGUUCACAUUGAUGAAACUUGCUUACUUCGCGUGUGACCCCAAGUCGCGUGAAUUCUAUAAUACGAAAAGCUUCGGAGUGAGGGUCGACUUGCAGGAAUGCUGCAAAUUCCUGAUGGCGCCCGGCGAUAAACAGCAGGUCUCGAGACCAAAAUAUGAUGAUGACAAUAUAACAGACGUGUGCUCUGUAGCCGCCUUCAACGGGCACCUUGACUGCCUGAAACAGGCGCAUGUAGCGGGCAUUCCGUGGAACUGGCGCACGACCGAGGUGGCCUGUCGAUCCGGGCACAUUGAAUGUUUAAUGUAUGUGCAUAGUAACGGUUGUGAGACGGGCGGCUACGUUUCCGCGUUGGCCGCGGCCUGCGCCGGCAAUAUAGGCACCCUGGAAUAUGCAUGGAUCCACAAGUUCAAGUUCCCGCAUAACCUGUGCACGUUGAUCGCGCGGUUCGGCAGCAUUGAGUCAUUGCGUUACCUAAGGUCGUUAGGCUUCAGUUGGAACACCUCAACAGCCGCGGAGGCAGCGCGUUUCAACCAACUGGAAUUCCUAAAGUACCUCCACCAACAUGGCUGUCCCUGGGACGCUACAACGUGCUACUUGGCCGCGCAGAACGGCAAUCUAGAGUGCCUUAAAUAUGCGCAUACCAACGGCUGCGAAUGGGAUAUGCGCACGUGCCACGGCGCCGCGCAGUUCGGCUAUAUAAGAUGCCUGAAAUACGCUCACUCCAACGGGUGUGAAUGGAACAUUCUCACUACUUUGAUGGCGGCCAUCAACAAACAACAUCGCUGUUUCCGUUACGCAAUCCGGAAUGGAUGUCCUUGGCCGACCUGGUUGACUUGGGAAAGCUUAUCUGAGAGAAUACAAUGACUGCAAUGUUUUAUUAUUUUUAUUUUAUUAUCCGCGGACGCGCGUCGCGCAACAUAUUUACCUAUAUGUUGCAUGACCAAUAAUAAUAACAAAACUGCCUAUUGUAGGUAUUUCUAUAAUAAUCGCAA